AUGAAGAGAAUAAGGAUACAUGACAUGUUGCGAGAUUUGUACUUGAGAGAAGCUAAACGUGAAAAUUUCUUGAAUGUCAUUGGACUUAAAAAACAUUGUCGUUGGAUAAGUCAUACAUCAAGAUCUUUAUAUAGUGAAGUCAGGUCCGGAGAUGAGUUCUUUCACAAAUCUCAUUCCAUUCACUUUACUUAUCUUUACUAUAAUUGGUAUACAGAUGUGGAACGUCUAAUUUCACACUUGAAGCUACUAAGAGUAGUAGACAUACGAGGUAGAGUUUAUUAUGAAGAAAAUGCACUAGAUGUUCUUGCAAAUCUUGUUCAUUUGAGAUACUUAGCUUUGUCCACGUAUAAGAGUUUUGAGAUAAAACUCUUUGAGCAUUGGAACAUGCAAAGCUUUAUUGUUAGUGGGGAUGGUGUUACAUUGGGUUCCUUUGAGGCAUAUAGAAUUUGGAAAAUGCCGCUAUUAAGAAAUUUUUGCAUUGGAGUAAUUUUUUCAUUAGAAAUUCCGCCGGCUGUUUAUACAAACUUAGAGAAUAUAUCUUGGUUGGAUUCUGAGUCAUGUACAAAUGAUUUGUUUACAAUGAUUCCGAACUUAAAAAAAUUGGGGGUUGAUGGUGGAUUUUAUGAUAAUAAUCUAGAUUGGUUUUAUAAUUGUGUGCACUUGGGGCAACUUGAGACACUAAGCAUAAGACGUUGGGGUUAUCUCAAGAAUAUUCCAUGUAGCGGAAUCCAAUGGGCAACUAGUUUUCUACCAAAUCUUAAGAAGCUCAACUUGUUGGAGUCUAAUCUGCAGUGGAGUGACUUGAGCCUUAUUUGUAUGUUGCCUAACCUGGAGGUUCUAAAACUGAUAAAUGCUUGCAAAGGCCUAAAGUGGGAGACAUAUGAUGGAGGGUUCCGUCGAUUGAAGAGGUUGGUAAUUGUAAAGGGAAGUCUCAAAUAUUGGAAUGCAGUGGGUGACCAUUUCCCUAUACUUGAGUGUUUAGAGAUAAGUUACUGCCAUUGGUUGGAAGGAAUCCCUCCUGAUUUUGGGGAUAUCGCCACACUAGCAUUGAUUAAGAUAAGCUAUUGUAGGGAUUCCCUUAUGGCUUCUGCAGAGUGGAUUCAAGAUGAGCAAAACAACAACUAUGGAAAUGCUGCCCUCCUUGAUUGUUCCAAAGGAUUUGGGCCGCUUGAUAUGAUGGAUGGUGCCAUAGCAUUGCAGGAUGUGAACUGA